AUGAAAUUCACCACAGCUUCUAUUACUGCAUUGAUAGCACUUAGUGCUGCGGUAGAGGCUUCGCCUAUUGCCAGCAAUUCUGGAUCUCGUAGUGUUGCUGUUCUUAAGCGUGAGCACAUUGAUUCCAUGCAAGCGUUAGUGGACGAAUUAAACUCAUUACAGGUACAAAAAUAUAAAAGAAAUAUAAUUGAAAGAAACCUUUCAAAGGGAGAGCUCUCGACAAGAGAAUACGAGAUUGUAACUGAAGUUUUAUCGUUAUUAAAUGAUUCAGGUAUUGCUCCACAGGUUAUCCACUACUUUGCAACUAAUCCAACAUUCCAACCAAUUGUUAUCAAAACUAUUGUUGCCGUGGUGAACUCGGGCUUAUUGGAUAUAAACUUCUUAUUCAAAGUCUUGAAUGAGUCCGGCUUAAUUGUUCAAACUAUCCAAGAUUUGAUUUCUGACUGUAGUUUAUAUGCUACUCUCUUUAACUAUGUGGGAGGUAUUGUUAAAGACUUAGCUUCAAAUGUUGAAUCCUUGAUUUCAGGAGGAAUAACUCAAUUGAUUUCAAGGGAUGUUGAAACAAGAUACAUGGAUUCAAAUCAAUAUAUGGAGAGUCAAAUGAUGGCAAGAGACUUAGACUCAAUAGUUGUUAACUUAUUGGAAUCUUUGUCCCAAUCUGGUUUGGCUACUUCUGUUAUUAAGUCAAUCAUCACAGACCCUUCUUAUCUUCCAUUUGGAAUUGAUUUGGUGAAGGCAGUCUUACAAAACAAUUCUUUAGAUUUAGGGCUGUUACUUACUGCACUUAAAAACUCAGGCUUAGUUGAAAGUUUGAUGGAUCAAUUUUUGAACUUUGGAACUUUACAGACUGUUAUAACUAAUGCGUUCGCUGCCUUUUCUGGAAAGUGCUCUAGUUAUUCUGGUAGUUCAAGUUCAGGAUCUGGCUCCUCAGUUGGUUCUUCCAGUGGCUCCAGUAGCUCAUCUGGUGCAUCAACUGGCAGUUCGUCAGGUAGUUCCGGUUCAGGAACUGUUACUACUGGCACAGGAGGUAAGACUUGUUGUAAGAGAAAGAAGAAGAGAUCCAACAAGGCAAACAAAGUCAAGAGAAAUUUCAAAACUUUUAUGUAUUAG